CCCGCCGGCCCCCCGCGCGCCCCGCCCCGGCCCGCGCCGGCCCGGCCGCUCCCGCUGGGCGCCCCGACCGGGUCCGGCCCGGGGGGCGGGGGCCGCGGCCGCCGAGGAUGGGGAAAUCCAACAGCAAGUUGAAGCCCGAAGUUGUGGAGGAGCUGACCAGGAAAACCUACUUCACCGAGAAGGAGGUGCAGCAGUGGUACAAGGGCUUCAUCAAGGACUGCCCCAGUGGGCAGCUGGACGCAGCCGGCUUCCAGAAGAUCUACAAGCAGUUCUUCCCGUUCGGAGACCCCACCAAGUUUGCCACGUUCGUUUUCAACGUCUUCGACGAGAACAAGGAUGGGCGCAUCGAGUUCUCUGAGUUCAUCCAGGCGCUGUCGGUGACCUCGAGGGGGACGCUGGACGAGAAGCUGAGGUGGGCCUUCAAGCUGUACGACUUGGACAACGACGGCUACAUCACCAGGAACGAGAUGCUGGACAUCGUGGACGCCAUUUACCAGAUGGUGGGGAACACGGUGGAGCUGCCCGAGGAGGAGAACACGCCGGAGAAGAGGGUGGACCGCAUCUUCGCCAUGAUGGACAAGAACGCGGACGGGAAGCUGACGCUGCAGGAGUUCCAGGAGGGCUCCAAGGCUGACCCGUCCAUCGUGCAGGCCCUGUCGCUCUACGACGGGCUGGUAUAGCGCUGCGGGCCCAGCGCCGAUGCCUGGGAUCCACUCUCCUUCGGGCGCGAGGCCUGCCCGGCCCGACUCCUCCCCUGUGCCCACCGCCUUCCUCUCCACCCACGCAGCCGGCUGCCCUUGAACUUGAGGCCAAGGCCCUCCUCGCCCGCCCCGCACCCACCUGCCGCCUGAAGCCACCGGCUCCAAUCGCCAACAACCUCUGCUUGUCCUAAAACAAAACAAAACAAAAUGAGGAAGGAAGGGAAACGUCUCUAGCCCUCUGCAAAACCACGGACUGCGCUGCGGGCGGCCUCGCGGCUGCGCCUCUUCUCCUGCGUCUGUGCUUUGUUUGUUUCUUUCAAACGGACAUUUUAAAAGAAAAAACCACUACCUUCGGUUCCAGAAGAUACUGACCGCUGGGGAGCAGGCCCGGGGCGCAGGGGACUCUGCUCUGCCUGGUCCCUGGGCGGCAGGCGGGGGCUGGCGGGCGCCUGCUCCAGAUCCUGGUCCUGCCCUGUCCUUGGGCGGCAGGCGCUCCGUGUGGCCGUGUGGCUGGAUGGUUCCUGAGGACGACGGUUGUUUUUUGUGAUAACAGUAUUGUGCUUCUCGUGGGGAGAGUGAGGUUUUUAUAUUCCUAGAUAGUCGAUACCUUUUAUUUAUUGGUCGUAACGUUGCUGCUGCCUCCCGCGUCCCGGGCUCCCGGGUCGCGGGACCUGUUUACACGUGCCCGCCCUCACCCGCCCGCCCGCUCGCUUGGGAGGAUGUGGCCUGCAGCGGCCCAGAAGCCAAAAAAAAUCUUUUUUUUUUUUUUUUUUUUUUUUUUUUUUU